CUGGCUUACUCAUAAUAAAAAAUUUCAACAUACGCAAAGUGAGGCCAGUUCAUUUCGAAAGGUUUGUGUUGGGGAAUUUUAUUUACACAAGCGUCAUUCUGUUUGAACACUUUUUAAGUUUGUCUUGUUAUUGUUUAGUUUAGCAAUUCACUUACAGUCAACUCUCCAAAUUUGCUGAAAUGGAGACGAAACAUAUGAACGGACACGCUGAGGGUAUGCGGAACAAUCAGGACGAUUUGAAGAACGAAGUCUCGAAAACAAAUCUGAUUGUCAACUACCUGCCACAAGAGAUGACCGAGGAGGAGUUGCGUACCUUAUUCUCAUCAAUAGGCCCACUUGAAAGCUGUAAGCUAAUAAAACAUAAAACCACGCGCGUUAGUCUUGGAUAUGCCUUUGUUAACUACGUUAAUUCUUGUGAUGCGAAGAGGGCCAUCGACUCUCUCGGUGGCAUGAAGCUUACGUCCAAGACGAUAAAAGUCAGUUAUGCACGGCCCAGCUCGAACGAAAUAAAAAAUGCUAACCUUUACAUUAGUGGGCUAUCACUUAAUUGCAGCAAAGACAACUUAGCAAGGCUUUUUGGUAGAUUUGGUGAUAUAAUUACAUGCAAAGUUCUCGAAGAUGAAUCCGGAGUUAGUAAGGGCGUCGGUUUUGUUCGAUUCGACAAACGAAGGCAGGCGGAGGCAGCUAUUGAUGCCUUGAACAACAAAAUUCCUGAGCUACCGGGAGCAGUGAAACCACUGACGGUGAAAUUUGCCAAUCCACCAAGCCAGAAAUUAUCUGUAGAUAUGCUUACAAGUGCUGCCCAGGCCAAAGGACUGGCCGGUGUCUCACCUGCAGCCCUCAGAAGCCAAGGCCUAUAUUCGCCUAUGACAGCUGCUUUCAACUCGGGCCUGAAUAACUACGCUGGCAAUGCGUUUGGAAUGAAUUUGCCUGCUAGUUUAACUCCAGCAAAUGCAGUAUCGCCAUGGUGUAUAUUUGUUUAUAAUUUGCCAGCAAAUUCCACCGAACUGACAUUGUUUCAGUUAUUCAGCAAAUUUGGUGCGAUUGAUAGCGUGAAAGUUAUUACAGACGAGGAGAAGAAAUGUAAAGGCUUUGGGUUCGUCAAUAUGGUGACUUACGAAGACGCAUGCUAUGGAAUUCUGCGGCUAAAUGGCUAUUGUCUGGAGAGAGGGAAACCCUUACAAGUAUCGUUUAAGAAACCCAAGAAUUCACCCGCACAUUCCUGAACAGGUUUCAUAACUCAUUUCAUCCUUGGUUUAAGUGUUUUUUGGUAUUUAAAAUCCCAGACACAAACAUUAGAAUUUUGCUUUCAUUUUUUCGUGCAAUAGUUUUCGCUCUAAAGCGUCUGGAGUACGAAUAGAAAAGACUGCUGUCUGCAAUGCCAAUCGAGAUUUAUUUAGGUUUUUAUUAAGUUUAAUUUGCACGCGAUUGCUUCUUUGUUCACCGUGUCCCAUCGAUGAGGUUAUCUUGACCUCAUUCAGUCAUCUCACUGUCACAUGAUGCCAUUUUUCUUCGCACAAAUUUUGCGUUUACGUCAUCUUCCCAGUUAUUUACAUAUGCCAUUUGUGGGUACGGAUUAAUGCAUUUAGAGUUGUUUGUUGGACGUAAUUUAUUAUAGUUUAUUCGCAUUGUUUUGAAUAUUAUUAUGUUUAUUCAUUAUUCCAUUUAUUCGUUAUGUAUAUCGUUUAAUAAGUACUCGCAGCUUGUUAUUAUGAUUUCUGUCAUUCCAUUGCACGACUCUUUUUAUUCAACUUAAACCACAGACACCCUUUGUUUUUAUUCUACAUAGAGAUAACUAUUUAAACACAAUUAACUGUUAUCAUUCAAUAGUAUAAAUGAAUUCUGAACUUCAAUUAAAAGUAGCCCUUCGCAACACAUCAGUUGUCGUCAAAAUGUAUUUUCCCACAGCAACUAAUUAACUGACUUCGAUAAAUAUUAACAAAUUUUAAAGCACUUUUUAGCAUUUUAUUUUUAAAACAUUGGUGCAUUAUAUCUAAGUCUGUCUUGAGAUUAAAGAGAAUAGCGUUUUAAAAAUUUGAUCUUGCAUGUACCAAGUAAUUUUAUGUACUAUGUUUUUAUUCUUAUGGCCACGUGUAAGAGGUUUGACAAAACUUUGAUGUGUUGUGAGAGCUAUCUUGGUGUUCAACACUAUAAUUGCUAAAUGGACAAUGAAUUAUAAUUGAAUUUUUGCCGUUGAUCGUUGAUCCCAGUUAUUGUAUAGGGCCACCUGUUAUUUUUAGAUUUUUGGUUUUCAUCUUUCAUGUUAUGAUGCAUUUAUUUGUCAAAUUGUUUAAGCAAUCAGUUGGGUAUCAUAUAAGGAUCCUAUUGGUAGGGGUGCUAGUUAUGUAGUCUUCCUAGUUUAGCUUCAGCUAUUUUAAAUCGUAAAGUGUUGCUUAUAACUAUAGUGGUGCUAGUGAAGAUGUAUUUCUACGAUUUGGAGACAGUUUAGAGAGUCCUUUGCGCGUUAAGGCAGGUGGAUUCAGGAUGCUUGACGUUCGGUUAUUUUACGUGACCAUUCCAGAUGCCAUGCAUACAAUAUCGCAAUUUCUUUCCCCUAAUGAUCCUUCUUUGGAUGCCUUUACAUAUGAGUCAUUCAUUAUGCAUGGACACGCCCUCGUAUGCUCAGCAUUUCUCCAGAUAUUUAUAUUGCUAAUAGAAGAACUUAAUAUCAUUCUGGUCAGUUUGUUAUCUAUGCAUAUCUCUGGGUAUGUAAGAGCCUAACAUCAAGGUCUCGAGAAUAAUGACAUGUAGAAAACCUAUGUAGGAAAGGUAUUUGCUUCACAUCCUGAAACCACGUGUCCUUAGCUGUAUUCCAUCUAUAACUGUAGACGAAGCUGUGCGUGUUGUUGCAGGUGAAACCCUAAAAGAACGGCCUUUUAGGACUCGCCCGAAACACCUGCCCCACCCCCAAGGCCUUAUUGAUGCAAUGUUAUCAGUUUAUUAAGAACUUUACCUCGUUAUAUAUACGUCAUUAUUGACAUGGUUCGAAAUAUAUGUUUACGUUAUUCUUAUUAUUCACGCCUUUAUGAAUCAACAAGGCUGUCAGGAACGCUAAACUUUAUGAUUCUUGGUUUUGCCUUUAAAAAAGUUUACAAGGACUGAAUAUGUUUGCGGUGAUUACAGCGUUUCCGUGAAGGUUUUUUCGCGAACUCGAUCCAUUCAAUUGUGGUCUUUAGUCACAUUUUGUACCCCGUCAUCCUAAAAAAUUCUUUUCCGGCGUUUAUUAUUCUAGACGUGAGCAUGGAGUUUCAAAUACAUAACGUUACUGAGCCUUUCUAUUGUCUCACCGUUUUUAAUACGCAGGCUAUUCGCAGUCAUUGUUAUGCACCGUGAAAAAGGUCAAACCAAAGGUUUUGUUCAAUGGAAACCGGGACAAGUGUUUCAGUUGUAAUUUUGACCCUGGAUGUUUCAAAAAAGACCCAUAAUUUUUCAUUUCCUGUCCGUGUAAUCAUCAACUGGCACUUACUGAGGAGAUUCGAAGCUAAACGUUGAUAUUUUAUAUAGACUUAUGCCAUUGUUGAUUCAUUUAUACGUCGAAUAUUAAAUAAUUCUGUGGCCAGAAUUGGGCAAGUUGAUAUUUAUACGAGAAAUUGUGUCAUACUAGAACAGUUUAUAUAUUAAGGAGACCAGGAGUCACAAAGAAAUGAUACAGAGCUAUAUUAAAGUAUUUAAAGAAGUUAAUGUAUUUGAAAUGGCUUGAAAUGCAUCGAAA